AUGUCUGACGAAAACACUUUUCAGCCCGUUUAUCUCAAGGACAGGAAUUUCAUUGAAUCUGGAUCUGAACGACAUAUGAAAAAAAGUUUACUAACCGAUCCGGAGGUCCGUUCAAGUUAUAAUGCGUUGAGUUUAAAAGAAAACAAGAGGAAUAUUGCGCUUGAAAUACAAGACGAUCUUGGUAUGCCGGUAAACUACGUAAGAAUCAAAGCCUUGGAAGACAGUAUAAGGAAGGACAUAAUUAGCGAUAAAAAUUCGUUGCACAGAGCAAUUACUCCUGUACUUAUUUUUGCGCAUAUUUGUGCUCUUUUUCCAGUUAAAGGCAUUAGAGAACAAAACACUAGUUAUUUAGUUUUCAAUUGGUUCAGCUGGCUAAUGGCAUACACUGUUAUUCUAAUUGGCUCUUCUACCUUAAUAGUUUUGUUAAUAAUAUACAAUUUUUAUAGAAAUGGACUGACAUAUGAAAACACUGGUGAAUUAGUAUUUUUUGGAGGUACACUAAUUGUUUACAUAGUUUUUAUCCACUUGGCAAGAGAAUGGCCAAAAGUAAUGGGAAAAUGGGAAUUGAUGGAACGCGAGAUGAAACAAUAUGGAUAUCCAUCGAAGAUGGCAUUUAGGAUUAAAAUGUUAACAUAUAUCAUCAUUUUACUUUCAGCAAUUGAAUAUUUGGCUGUUGUUUUAACGGGUGUUUUAAAAAUUAUACAUUGCUCAUCGGGUGGACUAGAUAUUUUUAGUAUUUUCAUGAUAACAUCGUUUAAAGCAACCUUUACGUAUAUAAACUACUCGUUAGUAGUAGCUAUAAUAUUGAAGAUUUUUGAUUGUCUCUAUAGUUUUGUUUGGAAUUUUAUGGAUUUAUUUAUAAUCACAUUAGCUUGUGCUUUGACGAACAAAUUCAAGCAGCUCAAUAAAAAAUUAGCCAGUGUCAGGGGAAAAGUGCUUCCAAGUAUGUAUUGGCGGAAAUCUAGAGAAACGUAUAAUACUUUAGCGUCGUUAACUCACGAUUUUGAUGAAUUUCUAUCACCAGUGAUAUUAUUAUCAUUUGGUCAUAAUUUGUACUUUAUUUGCAUACAUCUUCUCAACAGCUUAGAACCUAUGCAUAGCUCUUGGGAGGUUGUAUGUUUUGCAUAUUUAUUUACGUACCUAAUCGGAAGAACAUGCGCUGUGUCUUUGUAUGUCGCAUCCAUUUAUGAUCAAAGCAAAAAACCAAAAGCCGUUUUAUUUUCUGUACCAGCAGAGUGUUAUGGAGUUGAGGUAGAAAGAUUUUUAAUGCAGGUGUCCGCUGACGAAUUAUCAAUUACUGGAUGUAAUUUUUUUUCCGUCACUAGGACGUUUAUGCUAACGGUCGCUGGAACUAUAGCCACGUACGAGAUCGUAUUAUUACAAUUUAACAAUAUGAAUAACGAAGCACUUGAUAAAAAUAACACCGUUGCUAAUAUUUGUCCGAAGUUAUUAUGA